UGGCGACUGGGUCCGUUGGGGGCAGAACUAUGGAGGAAAAGCCUAGCAAAGUGUUGCCCGAGUCUUCGGACCACCCUGGCUCAGGCAAGGCGAACGACAUUCGGGAUCUGUGGACCACGGCCACACUGUCGGAGUCACAGCUGAACCUGCCGCUGUCCAAGGUCUGCGAGAACUUCGACGAAGAGGGUAUCUGUGUAGACAGAACUCAGUGGUACACACAUCAUGGCGGCUGGGAGGAUGAUGAAGAGGACGAGGGCAACAGCUACCCAGAGGAACUGGACGAGCAAACCUUGCUGGAGCAGGAACCGCACCAAGGCAGCUCCACGGAGCCCCGCGUAGGGGAGAAGGGAGACGAUUCCAAUAUCAAGGCCGAAAAACCUUCCUCAAUGUCAUCGGUGGAAGGCUCCGUGCACGCAGCCCAUCUAGCCUACUGGGCAGAGCAGCAUAACAGGCUGCCGCUGCCCCUGAAGGAGCUCAUGAAGAAUGAAGCUCUGGAAAUCCUCAACAAAGCCCUGCGGAGCUACCGGUCAGGAAUCGGCAAGGAACACUUCCUCACCAAGGAGCUGCAGCGAUACAUCGAUGGGAUCAAGAAGCGCCAGGACACAGGACAGAACAUCAGAAACUAAGAACACCACCUCCUGGCUCGAGCAGCAGCCCGACUCCAGCGCCAUGCCCUGCCCGGCCCCCAGACCCAAGCCCGACCCUGUCCGCGUGGAAUUUGAGCCCUAG